UGCAUGACCAAUCAGCACAGCGGGCAGGUGCCAGCUGGCAACCUCAGGUGCGCACUGCGCUGCGCAGUGCGGCUGUCUAGCUAGCCCAGCAUUGGCAGCAAGCCGCAGCACAAUGCUCGAUCAGGAUUCACAGAAGAGGAUUAAGGUGUUGCAUGAAAUCUGGCGCAGAUAUUCAGCUACCUUAGGACAUUAGCGUAAGGUGGUUCCUCGAGGUGCAUGCGAGUAGGUUAGCGAUGAGGAGCACGAGGAAGAUUGUUUGAGCUGAGUUUCUGCACCAUCCUCAAUCGAUCAGGAUCAUGGCCGCUGUCUCCGCCAGACUGCUUGGCCCUGAAUCACUGAGCUGCAAUUCACGAGUCCUGUCAUCAAAUACUCUCUCAAAACCUAGUCUACCUAACAAUGCUGCAUUCUCAAGAAGCAAAACCAGGUCCCAGGUGGUGAUUUGCAGGCAAACCCAAUUCAAAGAAAACAAAUCUCUGAAAGAGCCCCUUAAGGCAGCUGCCCGGGUUCGUGAAGCUGUGGCCAUAUUUGCUGUCGCUGCGGCACUGGCGAUGGCAGCACCUGGCGCCGCACUUGCCGAUACACUUGUUGCCGGGGGGGCUGCUGAGGUCUUCGCAACAACUUGCGCUGGCUGCCACUACAAAGGGGGAAACGUCGUUCAAGCAGGCGCCACGCUGUUCACGAAAGAUCUUGAAAGGAACAAUAUGAAUACUGAGGAAGCCAUCUAUAAGAUCACGUACUUCGGGAAGGGAAAGAUGCCGGGGUACGGCGCUGAGUGCAAACCUAGGGGCCAGUGCACCUUCGGACCGCGAUUGAGCGACUCCAAUAUACACGCUCUUUCAGAUUUCGUUUUGGCUCAGGCUGGAAAAGGCUGGCAAUGAAAACUGUCAAAAGUUAGCAAACGGGAAGAUUGCCAUCAGGACAACUUGCAUAACUCCUGAAAGAAAGCAUAGCGCAAGCGAGUUGCCCCUUGACGCGGCACCAGCAGUGUCGUGAAUGCACGCGUCGCAUGUGCAGAGACCUUGCUCCCUCCCAAAACUGCACUUAGCUGCGCGGCAAGUCUCCUGUGAGAGCUAGCUUUGGGCGGUAAACGGAUUUACUCCACAUGCACGGUCCGAAAGUAAUUUAACCAGGUUGCUAGAUUGGGAGUUGAAAACUGAAGUUCAUACCAUUCAUCAGAUCACGAGCCGCGAACAAUUUUGUGGCAGGGCCGCACCGUCCGAUCUACUACCCGGCCGUGCAGCAGCCGUCUAUUGUCGCC